CGCUCCUCUUCGCCACCUUGCCUUCGGGGCGGAUGGUGGGCGCGUGGCGGGCAAGUCUCAGAAGUACCUCGUGAGCCAGAUGCUCGCAGCGAGUUAUCCGGGCCUCUCCCACACCGCCCGGCUCACACCUAUUCUCGUCUGGGUGCUCAUCUUCGGCCUCAAGUUUGCGGUGUCCUAUUCCUUCCUGGCGCUCUCGUCCAAAACCCUGGUCCAGGUCAUCGCUGGGAUGAAGAUCCAGAACUGCAAUGAUCUUGUUCUCUUCUUCUCGGAUACCUUCUUGUGGUGGAUCAUCCGGAACACAAUCCUCAGUAUCGUGCGGCUGCUCGCGCUCGGGCUGUCGAUUUGGACGCCCUUGGAAGGGCAUCUUCACGCGGCUGCCCAAGCGAAUUUACGCCAAGCUGCUUGCUGCGGCGGACUUGGACACGAAGUACAAGCCCAAGGUGCUAGUCUCGCAGAGCGACAAGGGCCUGAAGGGCGAGUUCUUCACUCCCAGCAGCGAGGCAGAGCGUCGCUUCGUUCUUCGCGCACUCGCUGGCGACCACGGUCCCGGAGCCUAUCCCUGUUGAUGCAAUGCGGGCGUUCACAGUCUUGGCGCUGUGGAAGGGAAAUUCGUCCCACGCAUCCCUUUCCCUCUUAUGUUACAACUUCCUACGGUAUGCUCGACUAUACCGGCGCGCCUGCGACGAACCGGAAGGCCGCGACGCGGACCCGCUAGUAGGACGAGACGAGCGCCGUGACGCCGAGUGCCGCACCUGCUGGGGGACCAGGUCGCGAUUAGUAAAUAGCACCGCGUGCGAGCUGCCAAUCACGUACCGAGACAAGGGUUCGUUGGUCAACGCUGGAAGGGGACUCAAGGGACGUCCGUCGCCCAGGAGGGUGCCCAUAUGCCUGCUGUACAAU